AUGGAUCCGACUACCACGCUUUUCACAUUCAUGCUGCAGACGCAUCCCUCCAUCAACUCCGUCCACCUCGUCGGUUCCUGGGAUAACUUCUCUAAACCCUACCUUAUGGAACGUGACUCACGGCGAUCUAGAGGUCAGUGGCGUGGAUGUUACACCUUUAAGGAUAUAAUGUGCGACGGCCACGACUCUACGAUAGCCAAACGCGACGGUGGCCUCAAAAUGGGCGAGACGUACUACUUCUACUACGAGCUGGAUGGCGCCACCGAAACGCAUGAUCCAUCACAACCCUCGACCACCGCGUGUCCGUUCUUGCCGGGUCAAACAGUCAACACCUUGACAGUCCCGAUGGAGCAGACCCUACGGACGAGGAGUGCAUCUCUGAAUUCGUUGCGAGACGGCGACUUCAAGACCAUGGACCCUAAACACAAAUUUGUAACACCAAGGCCGCCGCCACCUGUUCCCGGCCUCGCAACCCUUCGACCCGAGACCUCACCACACAAGCGUCGCAGUUCACGUUCAGUAUCACCCCAGUGGAAUCCGAGAAGCCUGUUCAAGCGGAAGUCCAGUUCUUCCUCGAACAGCAGCUCGACAGAGCCAUCGGAGUCAGAUGAGCCUCGGCCUGUAUCGCAUGCGGGUUCCUAUCAGGCUCGGCCAUCACUUGCAAGCAGUCGCCCCGCGAUGUUUUCCGCAGAGUCGCUCCAUCGCUUCCUCUCCGACAAUUCAUCGGCGUCUCAGCGACCUGGUAGCAUAGAUUCCAAGGCGGCCUCGAAAGUGGCCAUCCCAGAGGACAUCGCCGAGGAGGAGGACGACGCGAACUUUGCCGGCACUUCCAUCUCGGAGACGCCCUCCUACAUGGGGCUUUCACCACCCCCUCUACAGCGGAACUACUCGUCGACAACUAUCCUGCAGCUGGCGUCGAGGGUGCAGAAGAGCAAGAACGACUCGCAGACGACGAUCGAGCCGGCCUCUUACUUCGAAGCCCCGACGCGCGCAGCGCCCGAACCGCCACGGCCAUCUACCACCGAACUACACAUCCCCAUGUCUCGUUUCUCCAUCUCCACCUCGUCCUCCCGAGCGACUUCGCCUCUGACCUCCGCCUCGAUAGCCUCUACGCGCUCGCCCGACCCAAACGAGCCGCCCUCCAUCUACCACUCCGAGGAGGAAGAGGACGACCCCGUCUCGUCGUUUGACGAGGAUCGGCCGCCCUUCCUCCCGUCCCUUAGUUACCUGGUCGACGCCGGCCACAGCCGUCAAACUGCCGGCCAGUCCUCCUUUGGUGAGAGCUGGACCGCCGCAUUCUCGGGCUACAGCCUGCCUCGGUCAUCUGUCGACGAGGAUGUGGCCCCCAAGGCUGUGGGUAACGCCGUCAUGGGCUCCCCUGCUCUGAUUUCUGCCGACAGCACAGAACAGAUGCCCGUCGGCAACGGCUCGCUUCUGCCUGCCGACGCCAGCAAGUCUUCGGGUUUGGACGACCUGGUCAACGAGAUGGGCUGGCUGGCGGGCGUGAUUGGCGGCAAGGGCGCCUAA